AAGAGGCGUGACGAGCUGGUAUAUAUAUUGCACUACAGACCGUCCGACAGCCACCACUCCACACCUAAUCCUGGUGCUUGCUGCCUUUGCUGCUACUGUGUUUCAGAGCGAAUCCCUAAGUCAUGAUGAAGGGAACACUGCUGACGGCGGUGGUGGUGGUGGUGCUGCUGGCGGGCGGCGCUCAGGGACAGUCCCAGGACAAGUGCAUGAGCAACGUGAUGUCCAGCUUGAAGAUGCUGGAGCCUAUAUUGCCCAUCUCGAAGAUGAUCCAGCGCUUCAAGACCAUGGGAGGACUGGAUGGCGCAUUGGAGGAACCUUAAGAAUUCCAUGAGGACCUGUGUGUGCAGCGAGGUUGCAGCCAACCCCACCAAUGAGACUAUCUGCAAGUGCAUGAAGGAGCUGGACGAUUGUGACACCAUGUACAAGCCGACCGUGGAGACGCCCAAAGGAGAAUUCAUUACUAAAGCCACCAGCUAUAUGAACUGCCUGGGCGUUGACAGAAUGGCUGCCUGUCUCAAGUGCAAGGAGAAGGUCAAUGAAAACCCCCUUCAUAUGGUCUGCAUGGGUAGGGGAAUCACCUGUCCCAACAUGGAAAUGAAGGACGGCAUGUAGAGAAGUGUAGUGGUGUAUCAAGGCGGUCACCCAUCCAAACACUAACCAGACUCAGUGUCGCUUAACCUCGCUGAUCGGUCCUUGUCUCGCCUUCGCUGCAGGAUAUAUGUGUAGGUGAUACACACACACACACACACACACACACACACACACACACACACACACACACACACACACACACACACACCACACACACACCACACACACAAUACAAUAAUCCUUGUUCUACUAAUUAAAAUUAUAAGCAUCUCU